AUGGGAAGAUCUAGUAGGAAGUUUUGGAAGUGGCAGGUUCUAACCAUUGUAGGUAAGUUUAGGUUUGAAGCCUUCAGUAUAAGGUUUGAAAACGACAGUAUUUGAACCAUGCCAAUUAAAUAUUUGUUCACUUGACAAUAUAAUCGUGUUUAAUCGAUGUUGUGUACCGUAUCAACUAUAUACUCUGUAAACAAUUAUCGGUAUAGCAUUGCGGUGUUUGCAAAACUGUAUAUACGUUUGAUUUUUUUUCUGUGCUGGUUUUGUGUACUCAGGUGAAUAAUUAUGAUAUGUUUGUGAUGUUACUCUUUGUUUAACCUCGCUGUCAUGCAGUUGCAUUUGAGUUUUAUAACUGUUUAAGUUUGUGAAAAACUAUAUUCAUAAUGACCAUAUGACAGUCGCUUGUUCCAAAAUAUAUUUUUCCGUUUUGAAGCAUGCAUAUACCAUAAGUAUGUAGGCCAUGCUCUAUUUUCAAAGCAUGAUCAUUAUUAACUGGAGCUCUACAGAUAAAAAUUCCGCGUGUAUAAUUAUACACACGCCCUGGUCGAAAGGUCUAUCAGUUUCAGCUAGGUUAUUUAGUUCAAGCCUGGGGCUGGGAUGGAAACUUUCCAUGUAAUGAGGUCGCUAAAACUGCACUUUUUAAUUUCACCGGCUAAUUAUUCAUACUUUAAAUAGUUGCCUAUAACUCGAAAAGCUUAUCUUUUGUGUAUUAUAUAGUAUCACUACUAACUGUGCCAACUCGAGGAAUGGAGGACUACAAAUUAUUGAAAAAAGAGGUAAAAUAGUGUGAGAAAAACUGAAAUUUUACGUAUAGCUUCAAAUUUGCUAGUUUAUUUGAGUUUAUUGAAGUUCGUCACAAGUGUAGAACUAUAAAAACUGGCAUGGGUGACAAAAAAGAGAACAGGCUAUACCCCUGUCCCUUUGACUAGGUCAUAGUACUGCAGAUUGCCUGCAGAUUAAUUAACCAUAUGGCAAAAGCUGUAGACUGUAUAUAGAAAAGAGCGGUACACAGUUUAAAGAGGACCCCCAUUCAAAGUCUAGACGGAGUGCAGGGGAGUCGGGGACUACUCAGAAGAUGUAAAAUUUCCGAAAUGCUUAAACUUUGCCAUUUUGCAUCCUUGCUCGGGACUCCUAAUUUACCUGGGGUCCCCAAAGAAGGAUUUCGCCCUUGCAUCGUCAAACUUUCUUAAAGACUUCGAAGCAAGAUCAAGGAGAUGCAGAACAAAUGUCAUUCAGCAAAACACCUAUAUAAGAGGCUCGAAUGUCAAUUUAUGUUGUUUUUUAUUCCAGACAAAGGAUUUUAAAAUUCACGAAAUGAUGAAUAAAGAGGAACUGAUUAAGUAUUUUGCUGUAUCCAAACCACACGAAGGUGAGUUCCGCCAAGACUCAUUCAUCAGUCCGAGUGGCAUUAGAAAACAAAACUGCCUGGGGCAGCUUGGACUAUACAAUUAUUUUAUGGUUUCCGUGUUUGGAUGGCCCAAUCCAAACACGCGGGAAUGUUGCGAGAGUUAAGAAAAGCGCGCGAAACACGAGCCGAAGGCGAGUGAUUUUGCGCGCUUUUCUUAUCUCGAGCAACAUUCCCAAGUGUUUGGAUCAGGCCAUCCAAACACGGAAACCAUAAAGUAAUUGUUUUAUAAAACUAGUUUACCCACAGGGUAGUGAAUGCUGCCUUGUUAUAGCAUUGUUCCCAAAUCUUUAGUAUUUUAAAGUAUAAGAGUAAGAAAUAUUUGUAAUCACCAUUCCCCAAUUAACCAAAAUUUUGAUCUCAACAAGUCUAGACAAAAUUCCAUCAUAGCAUGAAAGAGCAUCUAUUUAUUAAGCAAUCGUGAGAUUAUAUACAUGGAAAGAAUAUGGAAAUUAUGUUAAAAGCACCCCGUAUAAUGACGAAAGCACCGCGUAUAAUGCUCGAACCACUGCGUAUAAUGGCGAACGCACCGCGUAUAAUGGCGAAAGCACCACGUAUAAUGCUCGAACCACUGCGUAUAAUAGCGAAACCACCGCGUAUAACGCUCGAACCACUGCGUAUCGACAAAAUGCCGUUUGAUCACUUACGCCAGCUAUGGCUUUCCAUAAAGAAAACCAAAGAUGAAAGAUGAUCACAUUGCUUGUUUGCCUUAUCAUAUGCCUGUUUAUUAAGCAAGAUUACAGAAUAGCCUGCCGGCCCGGGAGCAGUGCAUUGUGGUAGGCCGAAAUACGCCGAAACGAUCGAGAUUUCAUCUGCCUUAUAUAUAUAUAUAUAUAUAUAUAUAUAUAUAUAUAUAUAUAUAUAUAUAUAUAUAUAUAUAUAUAUAUAUAUAUACCGGGUGUCCCAAAAAAAAGUACGCCGGUUUGAUUCGUAAUUACUUCUAAACAAGUACAGCUUUUAAAGAGAAAUAACUUGCAUCAAAUAGAGAAAAGACUGACUUAGAUUUUGACAUAUUACUGUUGUAUUUCACUUAAAAAUUCACGGAGAUAUUAAUGCUUAAAAUCGGAAGCAUAUUUCUGGAUUUGUCUGAAAUGUGCAAAAAAAACGGCGUAUCAAAUAUUAAUCAAGAUUUGCCCAACUGAAACAUGCACUAUUACCAGUAAAUAAAUGACACUUGACAAAUUGUUUAUUAUGAAACAAAGGAUUAUUAUCUACAAAAUACAAGCAAGAUUUAUUCGUCCGAAAUCCGCGUGUGUUCCUAGCACGAAUACGUUUCCUUAUUUCAUGAGACCACUGCAUCGCGAAGGAUCGUCAUGGAUCGUUCGUAGUUCUGAAUUAGGGCAUGCUGUCACAAUGGAAUUGUGAAGCUCUUCUAACUUCUGCAACGUUCUGAAAUCUUGUUAAGAACACCCGAACUCUUUUGCCUUUUCUUAAUCUUGGCAAGUUCAGAAUAAACAGAGAAUGAAACACAAUCAAACCAUACAACUCCAUAAGACAUAACAAGCAACUCCCCAGAGACAUCCAACAUUUUUGGAACAAAACGUAACAAAAUAGUAGCGUUGAUACUCUGAUGUGUAUUUGCAAAAAGCAAUAUUAUUUCCUUCAUUAAAGAAUAAUAUUCAUCUUGCUAUAACCAAGAAAUAAUCAACUGUUUUGAACUCAUGAAAAACAUAAAAAAAUUAGGCUAUUUAAGAAAAGCUAUUUAAGCGCCUGCCUUGCAUGGUCUUUCAUCUACUUUUAAGUUUGUAAAAACCUAUUAAAUACUUGCAUAAUUUCGAACGUUCAUAUUUCAGGAAACAAUGAGCUAAGACUUACAAGUAAGUGUUAUGUAAGAUGUAUAAAUCUACGCCAUAUCCCUUACAAACCCUAACGAUAAUUCGCUGAAAUACAAGUUAGCCUGAUAUGUCAUUAAGCAAACAAACGCUGGAGUUAAUAUUUGAUAUGCCGAUUUUUGCUAAUUUUAGACACAUCCCAAAAUAUGCUCCCGAUUUUGAACAUUAAUAUAUCCGUGAAUUUUUAAGUAAAAUACAACUGUAAUAUAUCAAAAUCUAAGUUAGUCCUUCCUCUAUUUAACGCAAGUCAUUUCUAUUUGAUAGCUUUACUUGUUUAGAAGUUAUUAUAAAUCAAACGGGAGUACUUUUUUUUGGGACACCCGGUAUAUAUAUAUAUAUAUAUAUAUAUAUAUAUAUAUAUAUAUAUAUAUAUAUAUAUAUAUAUAUAUAUAUAUAUAUAUAUAUAUACAUAUACAUAAAGAUUAGGACUGCUGCCUCGCUCGCUCGCUUCAUGCUCGCUCGCUACGGCAGCAAUAACAACUUUCCGUGUUAAAAUUUCACUUUAAAAAACUUUCACUUUAAAUUUCCGUGUUUGGAUGGCUUGAUCCAAACACGGGUUUCGACCAAUCAGAGCACGCGUUAUAUACAUGUUAUUUUAUAAUACUUUUUACCACAAUUUUGUAGUUAUUAAAUAAUAGUUACUCUAAAAUACGCAACUUUGAUUGGUUAAUUAACUAUCGCACUAACUGUAGUUAACAUUUUAAACUACCUUUUUAAACAACCAGACCGUGUUCGUAUCCAUGAGGUCGUAUCCAUGAGAACGAGCCUCGUUUAUAUGUUUACCUUUAUUGUACACCUACAAGUUUUUAAUGCUUUUAAAUUAAACUAAAAAAUUAAACUUCACUAAUUAACUGCGCCUUAAGCCGGUUGCAGACGAGCAAGUUUUCUAUUACAAGUUUCUAUGUGACAAGUUUUAUUUGCCAAGUGCACGUGUGUAUAUGCAACACAUUUUAUAUGACAAGUUUUCAUAUGACAAGUUUUACUUACUGGUGUGAACGUGUCAACAAGUUUACUUUGACAAUUUAUUAGUAGCCAGCUGGCCAAUCACAUCAAAUGCUCAGAUUACUUUGACAAGUUUUCUUUGUUGACCCAUACAGACGAACAAAAUUUGUACUUUGACAUUUUUUUCUAUGACAAGUGCACUUGUCAGUCAAAAGCUAACAUGCUAGCAAUUGUCAAAGUUGCGUGUACAGACGAACAAAUAAAACUUGUCACAUAAAAACUUGUCAUAGAAAACUUGCUCGUCUGUAACCGGCCUCUAAUUAACCCCCGUAUCAACAGUGUGAUCAUGGUCUCUAUGUAGAUACUGUAUAUAUUCCGUGUAAAUUGGAAAUUGUUAUGCUAAAAUAAUAAAUUUUGUUUCAUUCUUUUACACGCAGUUCCAGAUUACGAUAUCUCUUAUCCAACAUCAGUGAAUGACGAAGGUCAUGAACUACAAGAGCACGAGAUCUUUAAAAGAAACCUAAACCCUUCAAUUGAACAAAGGUUUUACCAUAUGGAUGCGUUUGGUAAAAGAUAUCUUUUGAACGUAACAAAAAAUGAGAAUUUACUUGGACCGAAUUUCCACAUUGAGAUGAGAAAUCCGGAUGGGUCAAUUAGUGUUUCCGGUGCUCCUCAUCGUAAUUUUUAUCAUGGACAUCUGUUCUCUAAACCUGAUUCCUUCGUGGCUGUGAGUGAUAAUCAAGGUUUGGUAAGUGUCCCUAAAGCUGAGAUUAUAUACAAAAAUAUAUAAAAAUAAAUUGAAUCAUGUAAUAAAAACAGCAAAAAAGAAAUAUUAUGAAGAACAACUAAUAAAAUAUACAAGCAUAAUACAAAAUGCUUAUGGAAAACAAUUAAUGAAAUUAUGAAUAAACAUAGAAACAAUAGAAUUUUACCAAAGCAAUUCAACGGAGACUCUCCAGAUGAAAUCAUUGAUGAUCCAUACAAAAUAGUAAAUAAAUUCAACGAGUAUUUUGUAAAUAUUGGACCAGGUCUAGCAAAAAAACUUCCAGACAAUGAAAUAACCUUUGACAAAUAUAUGACUAAUAAGAAUAAUAAUGAUUUUUUUAUUGAGCCAGUAACCAAAUAUGAAAUCGAAAUUGAAAUACAAAACUUAAAUUCCAAAAAAAGUCCAGGCUAUGAUGGUAUAAGUUCACAAGUUAUUAAGACAAUUGCUAAGGAAAUUUCUGAAACCUUGUCACACAUAUUCAACUUGACUUUCCUUAGUGGAACUAUUCCUAAUGGCCUAAAAAUAGCUCUAGUUACCCCAAUUUACAAAGCAAAUAAAAAAAAAUGAAUUCAAAAAUUAUCGACCAAUUUCUGUACUCUCUUGUUUUUCUAAAUUACUAGAAAAAUUAAUGUGUAAGAGAUUAAUUAAGUUCAUUGAAAAAAAUAAAUUAUUAACACAUAGUCAGUAUGGUUUUAGAGAAAAUAGAUCCACCGAGCAUGCAGUCAUUGAAGUUGUUGACAAAGUUAGUAAAGCAAUCAAUAAAGGUGAAUACACUAUAGGAAUCUUUCUUGACUUGUCAAAGGCCUUUGACGCUAUUAAUCACAAGAUUCUGAUUCAAAAACUGGAACACUAUGGUAUACGGGGAAUACAACUAUGGUUUAAAGAUUAUUUGGAAAAUAGAAAACAAAUAGUGAAAUAUGAUCAAGUUAGGUCAAAUGAAAUGGUGAUUAGAAGUGGGGUUCCACAGGGAUCAAUUCUUGGACCAAUUCUAUUUUUGCUUUACAUAAAUGAUAUUGAACAGUGCAGCAAAUUACUUUCAUUCAUAUUAUUUGCUGACGACACUAAUAUAUUUUAUAGCAACAGCUGUCUUAAAUCGCUUAAUGUAAUCUUACAAACUGAAAUUAACAAAGUUACAGAAUGGUUAAACGUCAAUAAAUUAUCUCUAAAUAUCCAAAAGACAAAAUUCAUUUUAUUUAGACCUUCUAACAAAAACCAAAACAUGAAAUUCAAAUUAUUAUGAAUGAUGUAAAUGUAGAACAAGUUAAAAGUACAACAUUUCUUGGUAUCAUCAUUGAUGAAUGUCUGAUAUGGAAUGAUCAUAUAACUAAUGUUUCAAAAAAACUUUUGAAAGCGUCCGGAAUAAUAAUGCUAAAAUUAGACAUUUCUUAAAUCGAAAUGCUAUCAAACUAAUUUAUUAUGCAUUGGUCUAUCCAUAUCUGAUUUAUGGCAAUUUAAUUUUGGGUAGCACAUACAAAACCCGAAUUAAUAAAAUAAUGAAUAUCCAGAAAAAAAAUGUACGUUUAAUGACAUUUAAGUCGUACUUGGAACACACUGAGGCUAUAUUCAAAGAAUUACAUAUACUUGAUAUUUUUAAAAUCAACAAUUAUUUAACUGCUUUAUUUAUGUUUCGAUAUCAUCAUCUUAAAAAUUUAGCAGAAUAUUUUACUAACUACUUCGUUACAAACGAGAAACGCAUCAAAACUUUUUAAAUGUUAUAAGAGAACAAAUGAUGUAAAACACACUCUUUCAAAUAAAGGAGUUGAUGUGUGGAACAAAUUAGAAACAAAUCUGAAAGACAUAAAUUUCUAUAAUACCUUCAAGAAACUAAUUAAGCAACACUUGAUACUAAAUCCAGUUACAAAUACAUAGAUUCAGAAAUCACACUUUCUUUAUGCAGACAAUGUCUGUCCAUGCAUUGUCAUUAUGGAAAAAAUAUCAUAUAAUAAUCUAACUAGUAUAUCUCUUUAUCUUAAUAUUGUAAACACUACAGUAUUUACCCUUCAUACCACAAAUUUGUAAAUAUCUUGUAUAUACCUUGUAAAACUUUUCUUUUGCAAUUAAUAUUAUCUUAAAAAUUACUGUAAAUAAUAAAAUAAUCUAAAUAGGACAUGACUAGUGGCCUAGAAACAAAAGCAUGCAAAGGUUUCUAGUAGGUCUCUAGCCCAAAUAGUUAAUUUGUAAUAAUGUAUUAAUAAUUGUAAUGUACAUGGGAAAAUAAAUUUGGGGGCGAUUUUGACAAAAUUUGUUUUGUCAAUGUGCAUUAACUUUGCUGAUAUUUGCUGGAACGGUCUCAAGGAAUUUGUCCAAGAUUGUAGCUGUAGGUCAGGAAGUCUUUAUGUUAUAGUUAAAAUAUGAGCGGCUAAAAAUGCCCAUAAGAUCAGUUGCGAGUAUUUUAACGAACUUGUGAAAUGAACCAAGGCACGCGCGCUUCAUGAGCAUGCAUUUACAGCGUUAAUACAUAGUGAUACUUGCGUUUUAAUCAAAAUAUAUAAAUCGCCGUUCUGCUUCUGAAUUAGUAUUUAUAACUUUCAUAAACUUCCCUCUAUACUCUCUAUUGGCUCUGCCACUGUUUUAGAGUGGUGCAAUUAGAACAUCGGCGGACGAAAUGCUUUUUGUGCAGCCUCUUGCCAAUCGUUUGUUUGAAGGAUACAAGUCUUUGUCAAAACAACGACCUCAUUUGGUAGUUAAACGCACAGUCAAAGAAUUAAAUCAACUGACAGAGCAAAUUUUUGAAGAAGAAGGUUUGUUGAUGAAUAAAGUAACGGAUAUCAUGCAAUGCGCACAUAAACGAAAAUUAUCAUUUUUAGUUCAUUACUCUUUCAAAGAUGUACUUACACCUUUUCUAUUGCAGUGAUUUGCUACUAUAUUAUUUUCAAAGAAACUAAUUUCUAUAAUAGGGAGAUUCUUCAUCUGUUAUUUGACGAAGCCCAAAAUCAAAAAUGUUGGAUCAAUCCUACUUUCUCUCCAUAUCGUCUUUAUACCUGCAUGCAAUAUCAAACUAUCUAUAUAACAACUAAUUUCAUUACCAUGUCACAUUAUUUUUCCACGCUAGAGCUUCCAAAACCGCAGGAAGACUGGGACUAUGCCGAAUCUGAAAUCACUGAUUAUCAUUCUCAGCACAAAUUCCUAGAAGUAAUCUACGUUGGGGAUCACUUGAUUACUCAACAGAUUGGGUUAAUUGAAUUACCUGAAAUGUUGCUGAUUAUUGGAAAUGUGGUAAGGCACAAAACUCGAGUACGGUACUCAGUGGAUAAAGAAACUUUACAUGAAGACGACGGUGUGGGAAGGGAAGGUGCAUGGGAAAAUUAGUUAAAAAUAUUCAGAUCAAACACAACUUGGGGCAUGUUGUCCUUAUCUAUUCAACCAUGUUUUAAUGUUCACAAAACAGUAUGUUGACCACCAUCUUUACUCAGAAUGGCUAUAGAAUUCUAUAGAAUAAGAAUUCCAAAUUAAUGCAAAAUGUUCUAUUUUACAUGUCAGCAGGGGCGUAGGAAGCUUCGAAAAGUUGGGGGGGGGGCAGGCUUUGAGGGGCACUUUUCGAAAAAAAAGGGCAUGGCUAAAAAUUAUUUUUGGCGACCUCUCCCCCCCGUCGCCAAAAAAUUUCGGUCAGUGUACCAUUUUAGGGGUCAAAAUAUUUUCCGGACAUACCAAAAAAAAUUUUCCGGAUAUACUACAUUUUUUCCUAAAUACGAAAAGAUUUUCCGGACAUACCAAAAAAUUUUCCGAAUAUAUGAUAUUUUUCCCUGAAAUUAAAACAUUUUUUCGGAAAUAACAUUGAUUGAAGUUUUCAAAAGUGCCCUUUGGGCUAAAAAAUGCAAUUUUAAUGAAAAUGUUUCACGCAAAAAAGGGCACUUUGCUCCUGGAAAAAGGGCACUUGCCAAAAUGAGAAUUAUUACUGAUCAGAAGUUCAAUAUGGUUCUAUAAUUUACUUCACAUUUUCAGGAAAUCAUACACUUCAUUGCAGGUUGCAAGGAUGUUUACCGACAGCACAUUUGGUGAAAAGAAAAUAACUUACGUCAUAACAAAAAUAGUGAUUUUGAGCAACGGAGAGGUACUGAAAAAAUAGGUUUGGAAGCGCUUUCAACUAUAGCUUAAUAACUAUGCAGAACAAAUAUGAUAUGUACCAAACAAUUAACUUGCUUCAUUUAAUAAUUGUAUUUUUGCGUUUCGUUUAGCUUAAAUAUUUCAAAAACGCUACAAAUGGCGCAAAACUAACAGCAUUUGGUCGUUGGAUGAGAAAAACUAACCCCGCUGAUGACGAAGAUCCAAAUCACGUAGACAUUGGCACAUUAUUCACGAGGUAGAUCUGUAUUUCUAGUAUUUCCACCCGUCAUUGAGAUUCGUUAUCGUGUAUGGAGUGAGUCAAGUGUUACGAUCUCGCCCUUGACUUUUAGGCAGUGGCAAAGGCAGCAUAAGCUAAUUGCAGAUCAGGGGCCCAGGAUCAGGGGCGGUGCUAAAGCAUGUGUGGGGGGUGGGAGGGGGGGGGCGGAACACCUCAUUCAGUCACUAGAUAGUCGGGAAAAUAUUGAAAACUAGUCAGCAAAACAUGGAUUUGGAUAGGAAGAAAAAAUUAAAAUAUUUGAGUGACACCAAUAAUAGAAAAUAAAGACUGAUAGCUAAAAUGUGGAGAAAUUCACGAAAACAUUAAAUGGAACGAACAGAUAAUGAUAAAUAUGUUGUGGAUCGGAAUUUUUUUUUUAUGUCAAGCCGCCGUCCCCCUUGCAGUGAGCCGGCAAAAUUUCCCUUGAUAACUCGGCAAAAUUCACUUGCUGUACAUCCCCUGCCCGUUCGAAGAGGUCUAGCGCCGCCUCUGUCCAGGAAUAUUGGAAGUUUGUUGACUCCUCAACCCGAAAAUUUCUGAUUUGCUAUUUUCUGUAGCAAGCUAAGUGCAAGAUCCUUAAGGAUUGUCGUUUAUAUACAAGUGCGAAAGUUAAGUUUAAGUGCGAAAAACACGGUGAAUAAAUGGAUACAAUAUACAUACUUCCGACACGCCGUAGUUGUUACAGUCACUAUAUGUCCCACAAGCUGUUUUGGUUUUGCGUAAAAAAGCGAUUUAUAACUUAGGAAUUCCCAUGAGUUUCACCUAUUUCGUAUUUUAUUCGCCCGUCUAACCCAAUUCAGUAGCAAACCCGGAAGAAUUUAUUGGAUUCUUUUAAGGUUGCAGAAAGUUGUUGGUAAAUACAGGGUGUCUCAAAAAAACCGCUACCCUUGGAAAUUCACCAUUGUUCUAAUUUGAAUGCCUGAGUGCUAUCUUGAACUCAUGGGUGCAUGAACAAUUUGAAUGGAAUUUUAUGCUUGAGAAGUUAUUGAAAAGUUUCUGGUUUUGUUCAGCAUAUGACUGAUUGAUUUAAACGCAACAAAAAUACGUAAGUUAAACAAAACGUUGUUUAUUUUUACAAUUAUUAAGCACCUCGUCCUUCGACGUGGCCCCCAUUUCUCUCAACACAAAGUAAUGUUCGUCUAUGCAUAUCACGCACGGCUCGGCUAAUGAGGGCAGGCUGUUGUCGUAAAGCAUCAAACUCUUCGAUGAUUCUUUGGCGAAACGCAUCAAUAAAGGUUCAGGCAUUCAAAUUAGAACAAUGGUGAAUUUCUAAGGGUAGCGGUUUUUUUGAGACACCCUGUACACUUAUAUCAAUGUUUAACUCCUUUGGGAAUUAAAUCACAAAUAUUAGGCAUAUAAUUGAUUAGCAAAAUAUAACAAUUAGAUGCAUGGUGCUAACAUUUAUGCAUAAACAGUCAGCCUCAUAAUAACAACACGCCCAUUAGAGAGUCGGUGUUUUUAACAUAAGUGCACAACUUUAAUUGAAUUAGCUCUUGGAAUAUUUUUUCUUACCUCCCUCCCCACAUUUUCUGCUCGGGCCGAGCAGAUCGGCUAUUAAGCAAAGUAGUAUUGAAGAAUAAUAGAGGGAAGAUCUCCUAAUUUCGCCACUGCUCCUGGAAAGGGACUCGCGAAAUUCAACUACUUAAGUACUUAACAAAUAGAUAAAUAAGAUUUUGCCGUUGUCUGUUCAGUUAUAGAUACACAUGCAGUCAUAAUGUAGGAAGAUCAAACUUCAUAUCCUGGACAGGCCUAGGGGCGGCGCUAGACCUCUUCGAAUGGGUGGGGGGUGUAAGUGAAUUUUGCCAAGUUAUCAAGAGAAAUUUUGCUGGCUCACUACAAGGGGGGAGGUAACAGCGGUUUAACAUAAAAAAGCGAGUCACUUUUCGUUCUUCGCACUGAACAGACAACGGCAAAAUCUUAUCUAUUUGUUUUAUAUAAUAAAAAGAAAACCCCGAGUUAAACACCCAAACAUUUGGAAAUUUGAAAAAGUCGAAAUUUUACAAAUAUCACGCGUACAUGAUCUAUACAAAUAGGGGAAUUCUAUUGACUGUUAUGAUUGGCUGUACAGAACAGAGGCCGCAGCUGAUCAAAUUGCUUAUUUUUAUUCGAAAUAUAAAUACAAAUUUAUCAAAACAACAUUAUUUAAACGUAAGAAAAAUAUUCUGUUUUAAAAAUGGACUUUUGUAAUUUAGAGGAGCUAAUUCUUGCCUUGUAUAAAGAAAAUCACCUUCAAACAGAUUUACUACCCACUUGGUAUUUCUCUUCGUAGCAGGCGACUGAGACUGCGCGAGAAUUUGCAUGGGAAAGCCGCUCGCUGGUUUUAACGUAAGUUAGCGAACUGGCUUCUCGUCUUUUGUAUCUUUUGUUGCUCUUCGUAUUUGUCAACAGCUUUCACGGUCGUCUUUGCCCAGUCAGGCAUAAAUUCAAUGGAGACGAGUUUUCAAAUAUUUCCGCCAUUCAAGUUUAUUUAAAAACCAAAACAAAGUUUUGCGUGAAGUAACUUCGUACGUCUAUCCUCUAAUAUCAUGAUCAUGGCUCCCGACCAAUGAAAGCGCUUCGGAAUUCCUAUAUAACGUUAUUUUAUAAUAUACAUAAUAGUUGGUCAUAAUUUAACGUCUAAUUAUUUUCUCUUUUUCCAGUUACACUGGUGGAGGUACGUAUACUAUAUAUAUACAUAUAUAACUAAUUUAAAUUAAACAAUCUUGCAAUAAAAUGUCAGCUCUUGCAGUCUUGGACAAGGAUAUAAAUAAAUUUAUGGAAUACGGUUUUUUAAAUUUUUUAUGAAAGGAUUGGCGCUAUCUGGAGGAAUGUGUUCUUACAGAGAUGUGAGAUCUGUAGUUGGUUCAAUCGGUUUGAGUUCGUCAGCCAUAGCUGCACACGAAAAUUUUCACAAGUAUGUACGAAUAUAUAUAUAGAAUUAAAAAUUACGCGGGCUGAUUGGAUAAAUAACUAAUUUGAAUUAAAGAUUAUACGGGAUCCGUAUAAUUCAAUUGAAUGGCAAACACGCACUGAAAUUCUUUUUUCCAGCUUUGGUUUUGGUCAUGAUAUUGAUCGAGGUUGUUCUAACGGGCGAAACAUUAUGUCAACAUAUGUUCCUUCUGGAAAUGCUGCUUUCACAUGGUCUAACUGCUCGAGGCAAUACGCACAGAAUUUUUUGAGGUGAAUAUAAUAUACAACUGAUCUAUUAUUCGCCAUAAAACAGGAAUGAACUAUCUGUACGCACGCAGUUAUUGUGAUGACAGAAACAUCAUGAGUCAGUUAUAAUUAGACAAACCGAGAUCUGAACUGAUGUCGUUGCAAAAUAUGCGAUGGUCCUUACCAUAUAAAAUACCGAAAAAAAAUUCCGAAAAGAUGCUUCUUGAAAUUCGAAGUAUGGAUAAAAUUAAGACAAAAUUCCACAUGCUUUUUUUGUUGACUUUGUCUUUAUACUCAGAUUGUUGUACAAUAAUAAUUCAGUACAUUGUACAUACGGUGUGUACUUGUGACGGCUAUGAAUUUGAUUAAUUUGCAGUUUGAAUUUUUAGAUCACAUUGGUCUCGUUGUCUAAACGAUAUCCCACAAGCCAAACGACCAACACUGCCACCCCUGAUACAAGGUCAGUUUCCUGGAACCAUAUUUGAUGGGGAUAAACAAUGUGAAUGGAAACAUUCAUUCGGAUAUAAGCAGUGCUUGAAAGAGGUAACUUUCUUAUAGUAACUUGAGGAGUAUCUUAUAAAGUAUAAUUUCCCGCGCUGAUAUAUUUUCAUUGCCAAUGGUGGUAAUUUUAACCAAUAGAGAUUUUGUGAUCAGCUAGAGCAAAUUAAAAGUCCAUGACCUAGUCUUCAUUCUUGCUGCAAACUUUUAUAAGUGACCACUGACUAACGUAACGAAUUAAAUUUUAUGGAAAACUGUUUCCGGGGGAAUGUUGAAAACUGUUUCUGGGAGAAUGUCAAACUGGAUUCGCAAAAACAUAGAAAAGAUCAUGAUCACAAUUGACCAUAGAAGUCCUUACGCCACGUCACUGUCAGAUAAUGGAUAGUUGACCCACAUGUAUCCCAGCCUCGUACCCAGGUGUCUUCUGCACAAUUUAUUUCAAUUCAGUCUUCUUGCAUAAUUUAUCCAUUUCAGUACACGCGCGCGGGGGUGCUUGGGGAGGACGCGCAUUUAAGAUAAAAGCGCUUGUGUACGAGCCUGCAUGUAUCCCACAAUGCACUGCGUAUACCUAAUGUUUUGAUGGAUUAUUGUUAUAAAAUGAAAAUCCAUAUUAUUGCAUUUUGGGUCAAUUCGUGAUCCACAUAUGUAAGCGUUCUAUAGAUAAAAAUUUCUUAAAAAGAUUGUGAUUGUGAUACUGGUGCAUUGUAAUAUUCAGUAUUUCUAUGGGAUAUACCAUGCAGUCUCUGUUCGUUGCAGUCAUGUUCAACGUUAUUUUGCACUCGUAAUGGUAUUACGUGCUACUCAUCUGGCGGGACACCUGCUGAUGGAACUAAAUGUGGGGAUGGAAAGGUGUGCAAGAUUCUUUAUAAGAUAUGCAUGUUAUCUGAAUUAUAUCAAUACUAAUAAUCAUAGAUACCAUAAGUCCAUGCGUACCAUAUGUAGUGUUGUUAAGACACACCUCUCUUACAUAAUUGGCAUUAAGUAUAUUUCGAUACUUUACUUAAGGGGGAGGAGUACAGUACGUUAUUAAUUUGGUUCAAGGAAUAAUGAGAUAUACUUAAAAUUCAACACCAUAAAUUAAAAAAUGCCCGACCUCUAACUGACGUUAAUCUUCAUUGUAUGUGCAGUGGUGUAUUCGAGGUUCCUGUGUAGACAAUGGUUCACCACCAGUUCAUGGUAACUGGGGAUCAUGGUCUGAAUAUACAUCUUGCACGAGGACUUGUGGUGGCGGAGUUCAACAUCGAACAAGAGAGUGUGACAAUCCAAGGUAUACUAAGUAUUGUUUAAGGAUAUAUUCAUAAGUUAUUUUUACAAAUCCAAUAACUAAUUUAUCUUGCAGUGUUGUAACGAGUCACGUACAGGUCGAGUCACGAGUCGAGUCGAGUCACUCAAUGGUCGAGUCACGAGUCGAGUCGAGUCAUUUCAGUCUCUGAUCGAGUCGACUCGAGUCAGCGGCUUCACUCGAGUCGAGUCGAGUCGAGUCACUGGUUUAAGUCGAGUCGAGUCAAUAGCUAAACUUGACUUGAGUCAGGGAAUUUCAUCAAGUCCACCCCACGCUUUCCGUGAUGGUUCGUUACCCUAGCUUGUAGUCUCAAAUUAGUAAUCAAAUUUACCUUUUAAAUUAAACCAAUUACUUUAGUCAUUUAAUUUAACAGUGUCUGGGCAGCUAGGCUGUACCAAUAUCACAGUUCUAGUCAGUAUUAAGUACGACCUCGUAUGCCUGCUGAUGAGCUGAUCGAGUGUACGUACAUACAGCUAGCAUAACUUGCAACUGGAGCCGGAAUUAACAAAGAAUAGACUUCAAUAAUCACGCUUUGUAAGUUAAUUUAAAAUGAUAUAACAUGACUUCAUACUGGCACUAGCGUUGUUUCUAAAAACAGAAAUGUAACAGGCAUGCCCGUCAGGGAUGUAUUCUAUGCAAAUCCCCAUAUAUUUUCUGAUAAAAAAGUUUCGAAGUCCUCAUUGUUCACAUGAAGGACUCAUUAGGGCCAUUUAUACGGGACAAAAUAAGACGCGACUUACAUAAGACGCGACUUAAAUAAGACGCGAGUUUGUCGUAUAAAAGGUACAAAAUUCUUAUGUAAGAUAUAGACGCGUCUUACAUAAGAACAGGACUUUUAGCUGUUCUUAUUUAAGCCGCGUCUUAAAUAAGAAAUUUUAGACAAAAAUUCUAACUACACAUGCCCGAAACUUGAAACAACGUAAAAUUAUUAGCCUUGCAUAUUCGAACAAAAACAACCGAAACAACAUUAUAGCUAUAGCAAGUAAAUAAGAAUAAAUCCGUAGAGAACCAUUUAUGCGAUAACUCAGCUUAUAUAAGACGCGUCUUAUGUGCGACUUAUUUUGUCCCGUAUAAAUGGCCCUAAUGAUCUUCCCAAGCAACACAAUCACAAUAAUUUUGAUGAAUUUAUUCUGUACAAGUUGUAGCUGAUUUGACUCGAGUCAUUUAGUGCAAAAAUCAGAAAGUCGAGUCCGAGUCGAGUCAUUGGGGCUGUUGACUCGAGUCGAGUCAUUUUUCAUAUUGUGGACACGAGUCGAGGCGCUGAAAAUAACCGACUCGAGUUGACUCGAGUCCGAGUCAAUGACUUGACUCGUUACAACACUGCUAAUUUGACAAUGUUCCUAACUGCAAGCAUAUCAGGCAGGGCAAAGAAUAAGCCAUCUUUUUACCACUCCAUGGGCCUGAUUUAGAUUUAAAAUUAUACCUUUCAGUUGAAUUAAUUGAUGUUAAUAUUAUUAUUAUUGCCUCAACGUUACUGCAUGACAAUUUUUUUUUUAUUGUUUUGUAAUCUAUAUACUUGUACUACCAUUGGUUUAGCAAGACGUAAAAUACUUAACUAGAUUUUCAUUACAAACAGUUACCAACUAGAAUUUUCCCUCCCCUAUUAUACAUUCAGACCGAAAAAUAGAGGAUUACAGUGUGUUGGGUCAAGCACUGGGCAGUACAGAACAUGUAACACUGAA